CCACUUUUGACCAGGAAAGGAGCACCGGGCCAGCAGGGUUUUCUGGUAGUGGGAGCACCACCUCCGUAAAGGCACCUCGCACCAGUGGAGUCUGGUCUCUGCAGCCCCUUACUAUCUCUCCCCCCGAAAGCGAGACCCCUCGUCUCAAGGUGGUUCUUGCCCUCACGGCGUCGUCUAUUGCUGAUUAAUUUUUUCUUACUAUAAGCUGAGGGGGACGUAAAGUCCUGACAGAGGCGGCACGAUGACAGCUGUCGAAACCCAAGUAUCAUACAGCAACUCUUACACGAUUCAACAUGAAGAGGCAUACAUGACCCAAGAGGACGACUGGGACAGGGACCUCCUGCUGGACCCUGCCUGGGAGAAGCAGCAGAGAAAGACCUUCACAGCUUGGUGUAACUCCCACUUGAGGAAGGCCGGGACACAGAUUGAGAACAUUGAAGAAGAUUUCAGAAAUGGCCUCAAACUCAUGCUGCUGCUGGAGGUCAUAUCAGGUGAGAGGCUGCCCAAACCUGACAAAGGCAAGAUGCGUUUCCACAAGAUCGCCAACGUGAAUAAAGCUCUGGACUUCAUCUGCAGCAAGGGGGUCAAGCUGGUGUCUAUUGGUGCUGAGGGUGAGAAGACCUCUGCCAAGGAGGGUCUGCUGCUGUGGUGCCAGAGGAAGACUGCCCCCUACAGGAACGUCAAUGUGCAGAACUUCCACAUCAGUUGGAAGGACGGCCUGGCUCUGUGCGCCCUCAUCCACAGACACAGACCUGACCUCAUCGACUACUCUAAACUGAGAAAGGUGCCCUGUCCUUCCUUUUCUUCUUAUGCUUUCUUUAUCUUCUGA